AUUUGCGCUGCGCUGCGCAAAGGAGAUACAAUUUUGAUGUUCGCGAACACCUCCUUUUCUCCACCCCGCUCCCACAAUCCACCGCGGUCCUCCACAUUACGAUCCUGAGCGUAAAGUGUCAAACCCAAGAUGGCACUUCACCGGCUGUUCCAGUUGUCCUCCGUGCUGCGCUCCGCGGUGAGCCUGACCCUCCGCAGGAACAUCGGCAUCUCCGCUGUCCUUUUCAACCGGGCCAAGGACCUCGACCCCGUCCAGAAACUGUUCCUGGAUAAGAUCCGCGACUACGCCAACAAGAGCAAGACUUCAGGUGGCAUCGUGGACGCAGGGCCCUCGUACCAGAAGAAUGUGUCUGAGGAGGUCGCCAAACUGCAGAGGCUAUACGGAGGAGGAGACCUCACCAAGUUCCCCGACUUCAAAUUUUCAGAGCCCAAGUUUGAUGAGGGAGCCAAGUGAACGCUGUCCAUGUUGUAUAUCUCCUACCUGUCACCAAUGUGUUGUAUUUAAUAAAAAGAUAAUGGGUUGAACCAUGA